CUGCCAAAUGCCAAAACGUAUCGAAAACUUCCAUUUGCAAUUAUCUGAGAUUUGGUUGAGUGCCAUUCUAUUUCAGUUGCAUCGGUUUAUACGCUGAGCGCUAUAAUACACAUCGGAGCGACCUGCAAGAAAACAGCGGAAACGUUUAUUCCACGCGCCUCGCGACAUUUACUAAACACGCACAUCUAUACAUUGUUCUCUAAGAAACUGUAUCGCUUCGCACCACGAAAUUUCUCAACGAAUCCACUACUGAACAUCGCACCCAGUGCUUAGCACUCCUGCUUCGCAUUGUGAAAGUUUCGAGAUCGAACCUCAACCUGCUCAACCAGUUCGAGGUUGUUUCCAUUACUCGUUCCAGCCAAAUUCUGAGACACAGGCUUAAGAGCGGCUACGACCGCUUCCUUACAUAUCCUUACCAACUUAUUCAUAGAAUCAAAUAUUACGUAAUCUGUGCAGAUGAAAAAGCGUGAGUAAACACGGCACAAGGUUUGCGGCGACUGCAUUGUGUUGUGAAUCAGGCUUUAUCUUGUGGCCUAUUAGGUUAGUUGGGAUGCUGCCGUCACUUACUUGCGUGGCCAUCAUCAUAAAACUUAACUCCGGUGCCAAAUCGUUACAGGACAGUGUUAGGAGCACCACUGACCCUACCAGCUCUGCUCCAACCGCGGAGAAUUCGCUGCCAGGCACAAUAAAUAAGCGUAACAGAAAUGUGAAAUGCAAUUCUUCUGGAUUGUACAGUUCAACUAAUUAAGGGGAACACAAAUCCAAAACUUGCAAUACAAGUCUAAAGUGAAAGAAAUUUCCCUCAUAAACCACUUAUUAAAUCAGGCCAAAUGCCAUGGCUGGACCAAGCUCAGGCGUGGAAUUACUGGUGCCAGCAGUGUCAGACAUCAUUUUCAAAUACACAUGGGUCAUUGAAAAAUAUUCUCAUGUCAUCAACAAACGAGACUCAUUCGACAGCCCCACAUUUGAUUUUAAUGUCAAUGGAGUCCAAACACGAUGGAACAUGUCUAUUCGUUUCUGGAGAGGACCAGAGGGCAAACGGUUGAAUAACCCUGUAGUGCUUUGUCUGAACAUGCUGAACUGCAGUAUCGAGGAACCUAAACAAGCGCGCGUUAGGUUUCAGUUUGGGGUGUACAAUGUGGAGAUCAAACAAUGGGAAAUGUGUCAUGUCAGUCGUGUGGCGUUGCACCUCCAGAACACUAACGAGAUGCUCUCACUAGGUUACAGGGACCUCAGUAUAUUGGAACGUCAUACAGAGUCCUCAAGUGGUGACGUGUCCGUCUUCAUCAAGUUACAAAUUGUUCAAACGGAGGAAGAGCACCACUCUUUGUCACAGGACCUCGCCAGAAUGCUCUCCCAUGUCAGUGAAAACACAGGAGACAUCAUCCUACAAGGCGAUGGGGAGCGCAAAUUCGCAGCACACAGCUGUCUUCUGAGUGCCAGAUCCCCAGUUCUAGCAACCAUGAUCAAAAUACAUGAGCAACAAGUUACGGGCGAAAUGCACGACAAGCAAGACAAAUGCUUGGAGCUGCCUGGCCUUGGCGACGAGACCCUACAGGAAGUGCUUCGUUACAUCUAUACCGAUCAUGUCGACAAUUUGGACACCAUCGCUUCUACGCUGCUUCCAGUUGGAGAGAAUUACCAUCUGCCAGGACUCAAAUUACUUUGUGAGAGAACUCUUGUCGAGACUAUCAGGCCAGAAAGCGUCGCAUCACUCCUGCUGCUUGCCGAUCAGUUUGAAUGUGAUUCACUCAAACGGGCUGCUCUGGCAUACUGUGAGGACAAUGCUACAAAUAUAAAGAAAUCUCUGGCAUGGAAAGUAAUGGAAAUAGUGAAUCCUGACCUGUUCACGGAAGCAUGUGAAGCAGGGCUCGGUAGCUCUAUAUCUAGUAACUUAGACAGUCUUCCUAGUGACACAGAACUUGGUUUGUGAAAUGAUUCAGGGAAUUCAGUGGAUUUAAUAACACUUUUAUAUACAGAAAAAUCAUAAGUCCAAACCAAGAAUAAUACACAAAAAUUUAUAAAAAUUUUAGGAUCCUGCAACUAUAAAAUUGUACAGUUCAAAACAAUGUUAUUUGUUAACAUUAUGCAAAUUCCUUUUUAUAUAAAAUGGGCAUGCUUGUUAAGGAAAUGUCACUUGAAUAAAAAUGAAUUUCCAUAAAUUUAAAACAGUUAUUACAGAUGUGACUUCAGAGAAGACAAACACACAUUAAUUCUACAAAGUGCAGUAAUGCCGAUCUCUGUUUAAGCUUCUCAUUUGUAGCAAUAUCGGGUGUGUUGAUAACCACUUUGUAGCAAUGAUGAAGAGCAAGAUAUCUAAGGCCGGCACAGUUGCCACGCGGUCUGAGGCACAGACCUCGUUCGCCUGGCCACUGCGACCGCGGCUUCGAGUGCCGCUCAAGGCAUGGCCGUUUGUCCGCGAUUUUCUGUGUUUGUAUAGGUAGAAGCCUUGCAGAUAUGGCUGAUCACACAUGCAAGGAAUUCUACCAAUGUCCAAAAAAUAGAUCAAUCAAAAACCUCCAAGAGAGGUAAAAACACAGACCCUGCAAAUGCAGGACAAAUUCGAAUGUAGGAAAAAAUGGAAAGCAAGGCAUCUAAUGAACCUCAUAAAGCAGAGUUCUUGAGAACCUGACAGUUACUCAGCUAGUUUAAAAAUUCACGACCUUGAACGGUGGUCAGGGCUGACAACAUACACAUAGCUUAAUACGAGGUGCGAUCGAAAGGUUUCCAGACUGCAGAAGCUCGUACUACAUCCGGUUCGCCCUCUAUUGACACAGUCUUGAAACUUUCCGAUCGCACCUCGUACAUGGCCAAAAUGCUAGCAGAGUUCUUACAAAUUUUGUAUUGAAUAUUUUUCUAAUAAAAGCCAAUGUGAUAUGCACGGUGAACAAGAAUAAAACAUGAAUGAAAAUGUGACAGCACUAACAACAUUGCAGAAAUACUGUUCAUUCAUAAUUCCUUCAUCACAGAACAAUAAAAUUUCAAUGUUAACACUGACUACUAUAUUAUUAUGAAGUCUACUACCACACUGUACGUUCACAGUCAGAUGAAACUAUCAAACAACAACAUAAACAUCACUUAAAUUUUAUGAAAAGAAAACUGUUCACACAGAAAGUAAAGCACAUAACAAUUACUAAUAAAAUAUUAUUUACUGCACCAGUUACACAGUGUCAAAUGGCAAAAAGGCUGAAAAUUAUGAACUGGAAAGCCACAGAUAAUGUUCAUUUACCUACGAUUCAGAUUUAAUCUCACCAGAGCUAAUUAACAGGAGAACUACUACACUGCACGAGGAACAAUUUUCUUCUUGUAUCACAUGAAAGAUAUUUAAAAUAAACGUUACCAACUUUAA